CAAGAACAAAUGCGUGGAGUGGUCAUUUGCGCCAGCUGAUUACAAGGAGCAGAAAACCUACCGACUUUCAGCAAUUCUUGUCGCUGACACCCGGGCAGUGGACAGCAAAUGCAUCAAAUGCACACCGGAACUCUACGACGCAUUGUUCUGCCCGCAAUGGCUCGAGGAAAAGUUGGGUCAGUGGAAAAAAUUUACAGCUUUGUCUUCGGGUUCGGGGGGUCCUGCUGUGUGUCCUUGGGCGAAUCUCCAGGAAGACCCCCAGGGUCUACUCAAGGACCUGAGAGCGAUGGGGCCAGGUGUGGUGGCUGGAUCGGACUCGUCCACUCCUGGGUUUACAGACGACGCGAUUUUCUCCAUGUGUCUCGAGAAGAGUGUCUUGCGCAAGUCUAGGGAAUUGAUGGCAGCGACGGGCAAACCGAGGGAGGAGGAGAAGCUGAAAGAGCGGAUUUGGAAGAACGACGGCGUGCGGCGUCUCGCGUCUUGUAUCGUGAUGGCCUCGGGAAAUCGUGAUGCGGGCAUCAAUUUUCUCAACAAUGGAGCACUUGGCGUUUUGCGGAUGGAGUCGCCCCCGCCGGGAACGAUUCUGGGUUCUAGUAGCGUACCUGAUUUGGAUUUGCAGUGGCAGUGGCAAAUGGGCUUGAACUUCGUUGGGACGCGCACUUUUCGAAACCCGCUCAACGUUCCAAAGCUGUACUAUGAUUUCCAGCCCAUUCGACCGGAGAACGAGGCGCAGAGGAAGAGCCCACUUCGCGGCGUGACCUACUUGUUCCCGUUCCUGCAAGCAUUGCUGGAGGAAAAGAAAGGCGAAGCCGAUGAAAACGCACAGGCAAAAGUUCGGGGCCAAGUUCAGGCAGACGCUGGCGUAUUGGACGAAAUUUUGACGGCGCAGCGGAGCGUGAUAAAUCUUUUCAUCCGCGGUAUAGCUGCUGGUACUGGUCGUGGAAGCGGCGACAAAAGCACAGUUUCAGAACGUCUUGGGGAUUUAAUUACGCACUUCAAUUUUUUGUGGUCUGAGCCAGCAAGUUCCGCUUCCUCGAGCCAGAAUCCGAACAGUAAGAGCACCAUUCUUGCUUCUGCGUCACAUCUUCGCAGCAACGCGAACCUUUUCGUGCGGUAUUCGAGGGACUUGAUCGGACGAUGGCUUUCGGAGAGCACGUGGUCGUUAAUCGAUGGCGGGCCACUGUGGAUCGCGGGAGAUCCCCGGAGUUGGAAUGCGGUGCAGAAGGGCAACUUGAUAGCCACGCCAAGCAACGAAGGUGGCGCUCGACGGCUCUGCGAAUUGGAGAACUGCGAGUUCAUUGAGUCGCGCAACAUGAUGAAAUGCUUGUUGAAGGAGCCGGAUGCCACGGCCGCGACAUCUACUUGCGACCCGACAGGUUCCGAGGAGGCGCGGGAAUUUGUGCAAAUACGCAACAUGUGCCGACUUCAUCCCUCUGUGGCGCAGCCAGUCCGCGUUUGUGUGCGCUUCCCCAAAAACGACCCGAUGGAGGGCUCAACCGCAACCAUUACUACCAGCAUUUCUAAUCUCAUUGAUGACUUGCUUGGCCCUUGCGCUAGGGCCAAGAAGGAUGGUGAAGCCAGCUUAAUUCCUACGGAGUGGCACCCGGGUCCGCAAUUCAAAUUCCGACGAGGCUGGAUGCAGGCCGGAGUUUUGUUGCUGGACAAGAUUUCACAGGAGGGCACGGACUGCAUGUACAGGCUAGGUCUCCCGUCUACCGAGAAAUUCGGUGGCUUUGCGCAGCAGGUGGGUAUUUCUUACGCAAAAGCAGAACUGCUGUCGGAGAAGAAAGACGACUGUCCACAACUACCAGCAGAACAUCCCUUCAGCGUGCUAGUGGCCUUCGAAGCUGCAUUCGGGUUAGUGAGUACAAUUGCUUUAAAAGUCCCAAAUUGGGAAGUAGCCGCGUUGACACCUUAUGACGCUUGUGGGUGGUCGUUGCACACGUGUGACUUCGCAUGUAUCAAGCGGCUCCAACCCCCAGCUGACGUAGAAGAAGCAGGUUCAACAUUUCCACAACUUUCGUUCGACGAGUGCCUACUGAGCUGCUGCCACGACGAAAUAUUUGGGAAUUUGGUUCGAAUCACCACACUCUUGCACCCUUUAUUAGGCGGCAACUUCUGCGACGCCGCAGGGUAUAAGUUCGAGCACGAUUUUGCGAACAAGGCGGUGACCACUUUCACAGGCUCGCCGGGGACAUCUACUGACCUUGUAACGAAGGCGGCGGGAGCAUCGUCACUGUUUCUGGCGGGUGGCGAGCGCAUCCCCAUAUUGGUCAACGGCGUUCUGGGCAUGCCGCUGCCUCUGAUAAAGGGCAGAUUCGCCCCGCUUGGGGGCCUCAUGAGGGCGGCCAUUCAGGGCGCCAUUGAGUCGUACCUUUUUCUUCGUGACGAGGUCGGACCACCCAGGGCUUUCGACCGGUGGGAUACAAGGAAAAAGAUGCUCUUUCCUAGCGAUCGCGAUGUUGCAACCACCUUCCUCGAGACUUUCAAGGACCACGAGAAAACACCCUGGCGCAUCAACGGUGACGGGUCGAAGCCAGAAAAGUUGCGCUGCCAAAAGUACAUCGCUUUUGCUUUCGCGUUCUUUCCGCUUUUCAUGGAUCUUUGGAGGCAGCCGCUGUUGCAGGGCUUUUUGUGGGGUUCGUUCGGCGCAAAGGGCUACAGCGGCGAGGACACUUAUGUCACGGAUUUGCCUCCUUCUACAGCCGAGCUGUUCAUCUCCGACGUCUUCCGCCAGCCGGACUUCGAUGUUGGCUGGCUUCAGUUACGCACUCCACAGCUCGACAUCGUGUGGAACAGCUUGCGGGACAUUCUGGAAAGCACUGGGCCGCUGUGGGGGAUGCUGGGUAGUCCUGCCGCAGGGUUCCUGUUUGCUGACAGCCUCGUUGCGUUGUUGCAACAAGAAGCGGUUGUGACUGCAGAAAGUGCGUGUGAGAAAGCUACUACCCCACCAUCUGGCGGCGAAGCAGUUGACGCUGGUACGUCAAAGGAGCCGAAGAAAGAGGAAGAGCAGUUGGACAGUGUCAGCGAUAAAAUGAAAAAGGCAUUCAAGGAGGUCAUUGGGGAGGUCGUGGAAGAUACACAUAAUGGAAAGAUAUGGACUUGGACGCCCCAAGAAGUGUUGUUGAAAGUAAGUCGUCGCCUGCGGAGACGCGAAGAAUAACCGAAGAACCCUGUUUGUCUGACCAGUGGAAUCAUCGGAAGCCCGGUUUUGCUGAGCAUGCCAUUUCUAUCAUGUCAUGGAAUGAGUAGUGUAUGACAUCUCAUCAUUAUUUUCCAUUUCCUUUCCAACCGACGGAUCAGCUACUCCCAAAGCGCAACCACACGAAUGCAUCUCGGCCGAGCGCAUCAUGGCGGCCUUUUACUUGCAU